GUCCUUAGCUACGAGUCAUUUGUUGCCGUGGAAAGGUGCACUACUUACCUGCGGUUUCGCAGCUAGUUCUACACGAACAGUUGCUGUUUCAGCAGCUCCGGAGCGGAGGUGGAGAACUAAAGAAAGGAUAGCCUACACGCGAAAACACCUGUGCCACUACGGAUUGUUGUCAUGGCUUCGCCGCCAAACAAGGAUUGUAGUGGGCCAGGCAUGGAGGCCGCUGCAGGCUUUGUUCUGGGUGCCGUGGCCGGCUGUGCGCUGGGGGCGGUGGAGGGCCCCAUCAACCAGGUGAUGACGGAGCUGACCGACGGGCCCCACCUCCGGGUCUUGAUGGCCGACGUGAGAGAAGUGGGGCCCCUGGGCGUCGGGACUCUCCUGGGGGCCACGGCCCUCACCACCGCCAUGGCGUCUGCCGUCACCGGGAUCACGCUGGCAGCCUUGGUGGCUCUGGCCGUGCUCAGGACAAAGGGACAGGGACACGAAAGUGAGUCCCCGAAAGUUGGGCCGCUCCUGUGGGUAUCCUGCGGGCUGGCGGCUGCUUUUGGGGCCACCGCAGGCGGAGGGUUACUGGGCACAGUCACAGAGAUGCUGUCCCAGCACUCGGGUGCGGCUGGACUCCUCGGGGGGCUGGUGGUGUUCACGUUGCUGAAACCGCUGCUGCGCGUGGCCCUGCGACUGGGGGCCAAGCAGGACGCCUGCGGGGGCCUCCCAGACGAGGAGUACAGUUGGGGAGGCCGUGAGGAGGAGGAGGAGGAUGAGGAGGAGGAGCAGGAGAGGAGGCACAGGGACGACGUGGUGGAGAUGAUGGAGCAGAGGAUCACGGUGCUGGAGGAGGAAGGCGGCGCGGCGGAGGAGAGGCACCGGGACAGCUGGGAGGCGGAGUGGCGCGAGAGGAGGCAGGCCGAGCAGGAGCAGAGGGAGCGUCGGGAGCUCCGGGAGCUGGAGACAGAGCGGCGGAGCGUCAACGAGCACAUCACCCGCGCCAUGGCCAAGUACGUGGACUUCCUGGCCUUCUCCGGCAUCCCCAUGACGGUGACCGCCAUGGUGACCACGGGCUUCGGGCUGCUGGGCUACGGCGAGUACCGCUUCCUCUUCUUGGUCCUGCUGGGCCUGGUGGUGCUGGCCGCCUUCCUGCUCCUGCGCGCCGCCCAGCUGCGCUUCUGGAUGUUCGCCGGCUGCAUAGGCGUCUUUGCCACCUUCGCCAUCGCCAUCCUGACCGUGCACGCGGGCCAGGAGGUGGCGAGCGCCAACGCCCGGAUGAGAGCGGCAGGCCGCCCCGUGCCGCCCCGCGAGAGCGUCCUGGCCGACAUCAGCGAGAGCUCGUCCCUGGAGGCGGUCGCGGCCGGCUUCUUUGUGGCCAAGAUGUGCCAGGUGGGCAUCGGUGCCACCACGGGGGGCCCGCUGGGACGAAACGUGGACGGUAAGGUGGCUGUGGGGGCCGCGGGGGCCACGGCGGCCAUUUUGGGCUUGGUGCAGGGGCUGGGCGGGGCGCUGGGGGUGGGCGGCAGGGCCGGGGCGUUGCUUGGGGCGGUGGGGGCGGCAGGGGUGUCGCUGGGCUCGGCGGCCGGCAUUGCCGUGGGCUGGUCCACCUGGGCGGGCACCGUUGUCACCACGGUGGGAAUUGUGACCGGGGCGCUGGCCACGGGGAAAUGGGACGUGCCCAACUUGAUCCAGGUGCCUGUGGCAUACAUGUUUGCCAUGAACAGCCCCUUCUGAAGCAUCAGUUUCAGUAUUACCUAUUUAUGUAUUCCCUAUCCGUCACAUGGAAAAUGGACAUUGGAAAAAGGACAUUGUUAUUGUCAGACUGUUACAUGCCGAUAUUAAUCAUCAGAUGAAAAGUCAAAUUACUCCUUGUGAUGAGUACAGAAUACUCCAAGCACUAUGAUGUGUGAGUGUGAAUGUUUUUUUUUUAAUUAUUAUUGCUUUAUAGCCAUUGAGAAAAAAAGUAUUUUUCUUGACAGAUCAUAUGGAAAUCAUGUUAAAUGGAUAGAUUUCUGCGUUGAUAUUUAUAAUAAAGGACUACAAUGAUUUUGAAAUAUGACUAUACAGUAUGAUUUAUUUGUAUGACGUAGUAGGCCCUACAGUAUCUUUGUCUCUGAGUGAUAGGAUGACAAAUGAAGUUGGCUUAAGUCUCUCUCUUAUGAACACAAGAGGGCAGGCUCGUCAUUGUAGUACGCCACAUGUCAGCCUCAGGUGCUCAUCUCACCAAAUAUACUGUAUAUUUAGCAGCACAUCCAACACAAACAGGAUUAAGUUUAAACACUGUUUUGUGUAACUCACUUCUAACUUUGUGUCAGAAACCGUUGUAGCCUAUUUGUGAUAUCUACUGAGUCAAUACGAAAAAUAAACUAUGUCAAUAUA